CGGAAGCAGCGGGCGGAGGUGCCGCCCCGCGCGGGAAGGAGGUGGAGCUGCGGCCGCGUGGAGGGCUGGAAUUGCUACUAUCAGUGUGAGGACACUGGUGUGAAGAUACCAUAGUAAUAGUUCGUCUUAAUCACCAGAAUAAACUCCACAAGAUAUGGAAGACACAGAGCCAUGGUAUUCUCAGCGAGUGUAUGCAAGAUACUGGAAGCACUAUGACUUAGCUAUGCGCUGGAUGCAUAGACACCAGAAAGCCUACAGGAAAGCCAUGGAGUCCUUUUAUCACCAACCAUGGCAUCCUUCUACAACCACUCCAAGUAGCCGCUACUCAGAUUGGGAUGGGAAUGAUCUCCCACAUACCCAGAGCUAUUCUUCCAGCUAUAGCCCUCAUGGCAGAGAUCAGUACCGUGGGGCAGCUCAGCAGUACGCAGGUGCCCACCAGGGAAAGGAGGAUGGUGACUCUGAAAUGGAGGAAUACUCUGAGUCUGAAGGGGAGAUAGAAUACGACUUGAGUAACAUGGAGAUCACAGAGGAGCUUCGUCAGUUUUUUGCGCAGACAGAGAGGCACCGGGAAGAACUGCGAAGACAGCAGGAGCUGGAAGCUGAGGACCAGUAUGUGGAAGCCGAUCAAGACCUUCACCGAAGGACGGAGCGUUCUGCACAGCCACCUACAGAAAGGCCUGGGGAGAGGCGAAUGGCAGAAAUGAAGAAACUGUAUGGUGCAGCAGCUGCCAAAAUCCAGGCAAUGGAGGCUGCCAUGCAGCUUAUCUUUGAUAGAAACUGUGACAAAAAGCAGCCUAAAUACUGGCCCAUUAUUCCCCUUAAGCUGUGAGUAGCUAGACUUUGCUCUGACCUGACACAGAGGUGUAGGGUGGGUGCCUCAGGUUGUGCUGCCGAAAGAGCAAAUUGCAAAUUUUGGGUUUGGUUGGGGUUUGGGGCAGAGGCUGGCAUGGGCAGCAUGUUUCUUUGCCCUGGGUUCCUUUUACGCUGUCAGUCUGCGAUUGUCACAGUCUGUUCUACCAACAUACAGUUGUCAAAUAGUAAUAGAAGAGAUGGUAAUAUCAAAACUAUCUAAAGUCAUAGUUUCACUCAUUUAAUACUCACCUGCCUGGACUGUGCUUGCAAGAAACAACAACUUCUAUACUCGGUGAACUGGGAAAACUUAAAGCAAAGUGAAAAAUAAAAUGACUAUAUGGA